AUGGACUAUGAUAAGUUACUGAUCGAACUAGAUCUAAAGACGGGGAAGAAAGUUAUCAAUAAUAAAUACAGAAUACUUAAAAAGAUUGGACAAGGACAAUAUGGUAAAGUACUACUAGGACAGGUAUUGGAUGACAACAGAAACAACCAGCCUGUAGUGAGGAAACAAUCCACGUUAAAUGACAAAGUGGUAACUGCAUCAUCAACAUCUGUAACCUAUGUUGCCAUUAAAACGAUUAAUCGAGUCGAUAAAGCCAAGUUAAUUACAAAGUCGUACAUUAGUAAUGUUACCAAGAUCAAAAAGGAAAUUAAGAUUUUAAAACAGUGUAAUCAUCCCAAUGUUGUUAAGCUAUAUUCAGUCAUUGACGAUACCCAUUUUGAUAAGAUUCUUCUUAUAUUGGAGUACUGUAAAUACGGAGAAAUUGAUUGGAAACACUAUAAUCACUAUUAUGAGAAAUAUAGUACGCACAAGAGUAGAACAGCACUUAACUUGAACAAAAUAUUACGAGAUAUUGUUAAUGGUUUGGAAUACCUUCAUCUGUAUAAGCACAUCAUUCAUCGAGAUUUGAAACCACUGAAUUUGUUGAUCGAUGAAUACAACAAUAUCAAAAUAUCUGAUUUUGGUGUUAGUUUAAUUUUGGAAAACACCAUUCAAGAUUCUAAAGAAUUGGCAAACACUAUGGGAACUCCCGCAUUUUAUGCUCCGGAAUUAUGUCAAUUUGUUAAAAACCGGUUUUCAAUGAUUACCAAUGAACAUCAUCUGUUGAACAAAAUCAAGAUAGAUUAUAGAAUAGAUAUUUGGAGUUUGGGAGUUACACUUUAUUGUUUAAUGUUUAACAAUUUACCAUUCAAUGGGGUAAAUGAAUUUGACAUAUGUAAGAAAAUUGUUGAUACAGAAUUGAAGUUUCCUCAGAUAAAGCAUACUUCCAGAGUUACUGAUUCAGAUGUGGAAGAAUUACAAUUGGCUAAAGAUUUGAUCAAACAGUUGUUACAAAAGGAUCCGAACAGGAGAAUAUCCUUAGAAGAAGUUAAACAUCAUAAGUUCACUACAUUUGAUCUAAAUGAUUCACAACGGGAGAGGUUUUUCAAUUUUAAUCAAGCUAUAUUCAAAGAUGCUGAUUGUAAACGGAAAUUGAGCGAAAAUAACGAAGAAGGGGAACCACUACAGAAUAGCACUGGACUAUCUACAAAGAUCCGGAACUUUUUUAGGGGAAAUAACUCUACUAUGCCUACUCCACCUGCUAAAGAUGCCACACUCGCAGCCUCAAAUCUGAAGGAGCCACUUUCACAUGACUCCGGUACCAAACGACCGAACUUGCCUGAUUUGCAACAUGUUGAUGAUUUGCUAGAUUCAUAUUUUGAUGACUCGUCUUCCAUGGGUAGUAGUAUAGGAGAAGUGGAGGAAGACCCGGUUGAUACAUCAAACAUCCUUGGUGAGGUGGCCAAUGGAAAUGACAGAGACAUUAAUGCCUCUUUAAAACAUCUACCACAACCAUUAGUUUUGAAGCCUUUAACAUUGAAAGACCCCUUCACUGCUACUGGUACAACUAGCAAGGUUGAAACUAGAUGGCCACUGAAUAAUAACUCUACCCUAAUCACACCAAACUCCAGUCAACAGCAUUCAUUGACUCCAACAAAUGAUAUGUUUGCAACAAUAGGACAAAGUUCACCAAACCAGGCCAGCACCAGUGGGCCCGUGUUUAGUCCUAGUAAACGAUUUUUCGAUAAACAACAGCAACAAAACAAAGAGGCGCAGCAACGACAACAACCAUCCAUAAAAUCGUUAUCUGCUGAUAAUGACUUUGUGAUACAACCACCGUCGGUCUUUAACCGGAAGAAUGGGCACCUCAACAGCAACGGCAACAACAACAACAACAACAACAACAACAACGUCAGCAACAACAGCACCACCAGCAAUAGCAACAACAGUUCCAGUGGCGAUAGAAGAAAUAGUGCAGAACGAUCAAAACCACCAUAUGGACUAUCACGUAUUCCUAGCUCAUCAAGCUCAUUGAAUCUACAUGCAUAUUUUACUGACGAUUGUGAUUCAUUAGAAUCAUUGCAUUCUAUUCAAUCAAAUCAUUCGUCGUCGGUGAAAUACAAUUUGAAGAAGAUAAAAGAUAACGUACUGGUGCAUGAUAUGAAGACUAAUUCAAAUGAAAGUAAGGAAACAGGAACUGAAGAUGCUGAUGACAAUGAAGAGGAAGGCGACUCCACGUUUUAUUUGGGUGAUGAAACCGGUGUAUUUGAGAAGUAUAAAGAUUUGAGUACAUAUUUGGAUAAUCUUGAAUAG